CUUCAUGGGUGUGAGUGAUCUGAGUGUGUCGUUUGUUUUCGUUGUUUUAUCUGGCUUUUCCUUUUAAAAUUUUAAUAUGAGCAUGCAGUCCAAUUGGCCUGGGCACUAUAAUUUGGAUGCCCAGCCUGGAGACAGGCGGGGGGAACAAGUUAUCGAUUACAACCAUUCCGGUGGAUACAGUAGACGAGGUCCUAGUACUUCCGGUGCAUAUGAUACUCAAGGCCCCAGCAGUUCCGGUGCAUACGUUAGACGAGCCCCCAGCACUUCCGGUGCUUAUGGUACUCAAGGCCCCAGCAAUUCCGGUGCAUAUGCUUACCAAGGCCUUAGCACUUCCGGUGCAUAUGCUGCUCAAGGCCCCAGCAGUUCCGGGGAAUAUGUUAGACGAGCCCCCAGCACUUCCGGUGCAUAUGUUACUCAAGGCCCCAGCAGUUCCGGUGCAUAUGCUGCUCAAGUCCCCAGCAGUUCCGGGGAAUACGUUAGACGAGCCCCCAGCACUUCCGGUGCAUAUGCUGCUCAAGUCCCCAGCAGUUCCGGGGAAUACGUUAGACGAGCCCCCAGCACUUCCGGUGCAUAUGCUGCUCAAGUCCCCAGCAGUUCCGGGGAAUACGUUAGACGAGCCCCCAGCACUUCCGGUGCAUAUGUUACUCAAGGCCCCAGCAGUUCCGGUGCAUAUGCUGCUCCAGGCCCCAGCAGUUCCGGUGCAUAUGCUUACCAAGGCCCCAGCACUUCCGGUGCAUAUGCUGCUCAAGUCCCCAGCAGUUCCGGGGAAUACGUUAGACGAACCCCCAGCACUUCCGGUGCAUAUGUUACUCAAGGCCCCAGCAGUUCCGGUGCAUAUGCUGCUCCAGGCCCCAGCAGUUCCGGUGCAUAUGCUUACCAAGGCCCCAGCACUACCGGUGCAUAUGCUGCCUUAGGCCCCAGCAGCUCCGGUGCAUAUGAUACUCAAGGCCCCAGCAGUUCCGGUGGAUACGUUAGACGAGCCCCCAGCACUUCCGGUGCAUAUGCUGCUCAAGGCCUCAGCAGUUCUGAAGGAUAUGGGCCAAUUGCAAGAAAAUUGCUAGGACAAGAUGGGCAAUCUGGAGAUGCUUCAAAAGAUAAGAAACGCCUCUCAAGUCAAGAGGAUAACGGGAAAAAACCUUACAAACGGCGUAAAAGUGAAGCAGAAGAAGCUCCUAUUCCCGUUUUACCGGGAACUAAAAGAUUGGAUGCGCUAGACAACUCGGACGAAAUAAGGAACAAGUUGAUCUCAUUGCAAGCUCGUCUUGCUGAAAGUCCACUGCCACCCGAGUUCGACAAGUUAGUAACACACCUGUCGUGUGCCUUAUGCGGCUUGGUCGGUUCCAAGGCGCCACAAGAAGCGAAAUAUAUGGAGCCUCACUGGGGCAGCCCAAUGCACUGGGAUAAUGUGCACGAUUGGCUGACAGAGUGGUACCAGGAGUUGCGAGCUGAUGAGGAGAAGUGGGAGAAUCGACCCAAGGCCUAUGAAUACGAGGAAGAUGAGGCGUUCUGCUACGUCUGCAUGAAGCCGUUCUCUAAUGCCGACAUGGCCUACGAUCAUUACGACUCCAAACCCCACGAGAGACUCAUGGUCAAUAAAUUGACUAAUAUCGCGAUCAGGAAGUACCACGAAAUCGUGCACUUCAGGUGCGAUAUAUGCAAUGUGACCAGCACCACACAAGCACAGCUGGAUGUGCACCUAGACUCGCCGAAACAUGCCAAAAAGCUGCGCACUCUUGGAAUCAACGUUAUUGUUCCUAUCUCCGUCCCGAAUAAUGAUCAGAGAAACCAUAUGAAAUUCGAGUGUAAAAUCUGUAAAAUAAGAACAUACACCGAGGAGACUCUACAAGUGCACAUGUCCAGUGCUAAGCAUCUCAGAAAAUUGAAGAAGGUUUCUGGAGAGGGUCUUGUGGAUGCCGAUGGUUGUGGGCCAGCAAGCAUUUUCACGUACAUGUGUGAAAUUUGUAACGUGAAGGCAGAUACAUACGAGUUGCUAGACAUACACGUCUCUAGUAAAAAGCAUAAAUCGAGAUCGGAGAAAAUGUAUGGGGAGAAAAAGCAUGGUGAGGACAAAAAAGAGAAACCUUCUGAGAUACGUCCGAAAAAACCAACAAAAGAGUACAGAUGCGACAUUUGCAAUGUGACGGCCAAUGCUCCCAGUCAAUACCAAACGCAUAUGGACAGUCCUAAGCACGCUAAGGCACUAGCCAGACAUUUGGCCGAAAAAAGGAACAAAGAGAAAGGCGUAGCUACUGCAUCAACGAAGAAACAAAAUAUUCACAAGAAGAAGGAUGAGGAGGAGGAGGAUGAAUACGCUUCGUCUUUGCCCAGGCCGUUACCGGCCGCAACAGCACAAUUCCUACAGCGUCAGAACAAGAUGUUCAACUUGAUUUUGCAGGGUUCGCAGAUGCCACAUGAGACCCCGAUCUACAAGAAGGCCUAUGCCGUGGAUGGAGUCUGCGGUCGCAUGUAUGUGUUCGUGCAGCGAGGGGAGUACAUGUGGCAGACUCUUGUCAGAAACCAAAACCUGUGGAAAAUUCCACUGACCUGCUCCACCAAUGUCGUCUUUGGUGGCGGACAAGACGUUUGGGUUGGUGGAUGCAGCUUGGGUGGAAUGUCUGCCCAAGUGCAGGGUCCUGACAUGUGUACAUCUCGCUCUGCGGCCGCAGAACUCCUCCUGCAUAAGUUGCAAUCCAGAUAUUACCAGCUGGAGAUGCCAAAAGACCAAUUCAAAAAGAUUGAUUUCGUAGGAAACGAUGAAGAAGAAGAGGAGGAAGAAAAAGAAGCAGAAGAGGGUAUGAUGUACUACUCUGACGAUGAUGAUGACGAUGGUAUGGAGGGAGAUUUGUCGAGGUUGUACGUUGUGAACCGCGACAAUUUCGGCCACAAAGACUUGAACGAAUCGAUCGCGUUCUACUUGGAAGACUAUCUGAUGAACCCUGAGGAUUUCCGGGAUCAGGUGUUUUUCAAGUGCAACCGCGUUGAGAGAUCGAUAAUCAAAGAAAUGAGCGCCGAUCGAGGACUCAUUGCCGAAUACCGCAAGUCAAAGGAAGGAGUCGUCGUGAUGGUAUCAAAAAUCAUCACAAUUUACACAUAUGAGCCGUGGCUCUUCCUGAAAAUCGUAGAUCACUACAAACACCAUUUCAAAGGUUGGUGUAUUGUGAAACCGGGAACCGAAAAGAUCGGGUUAUACCCAACUGUAAAAUACAUCGAUGCAGAUGUAUUUUAAAUGACUUCAUGUACUAUCAUAUACAAUGCCCGGUAGAUUUUGAUAAUUAUAGAUGCCCAUGUUCCAUGUUUUUCGAUAACAACACCACGACUCCUUCCUUCCACUUACUGUAUUAUUCGUCACAUAAAGUUAAAAACAGGCAUUUAACUUAUUUAUGAAGUCAUAACUCCACUUUUUGUUGCACAGACGUCAAAGUAAACUAUAGCUCACAUGAAACUAAAAAUGCUCGAUUAGACACAUGUUUCUGUUGCACAGUCGUCAGAAGGAUCUUAUUUAUGUCUUACAGCUAAAAACGGUCAAUUAAGUUAUGGACCCGAAGUCGUGCUGUUAAAUCCAAUAUCUACUCCCGCCAAAUACAUUUUAGAGGUUGUGAUAACUUUUUUUGAAAGAUGCUUACGAAAAACCAUCCUUAUAUAAGUAUAUAAGGGCUACUAUUGAAUAUAAAUAAAAUAGAAAUCCAAGUACUCUUUUUAAAAUUGUUUAGUCACAGCAUGUUUCGGCUAAAUUAUGUCAUUAUCAAGAUUAUCAUAAUCAAGAUAUCAUAAUCAAGAUAUUUUUAUCAUAUACCCGAAACAUGUUGUGACUGAAGAAUUUUAAAAGGGGUACUUAGAUUUAUAUUUUUAUUUAUAAGUAUAUUCGUGUUGACUCAUUUUUUUCAGUGGUAUCAAUUUAAUUCAUGUUUUUAUUCCAAACAAUUUCAUUCAAUCUUUUAUUAUGUUACCUAUAAUUUCUAAUUUUAUAUUUCAACAAAUUUGUCUCCAUACUGAUUUCAGCAUCCUUAAAAUUUUAUGAAUAUUUUCCGAAAUGGAUCAGCCCAAAUAUUUUAACUUUAGACGCUCUUAUAUCAAAAAGUGGAGGAUAUGAAAACUUUUUUCAUUAGAAUUUUGUUCCAUGUUCAAUGUCGCGCCUUCGAGCUCCCUGCACAAGUCGUCAAUGUUGCAAAGUACCAAUGUUCAGUGACUGGUACCAAGAAGUCAUAUGGAAAAAUAGCUGUUGUGUUGUAAUAAUUGUCUCUGUAACACACCAUGAAGUGUUCAUUAAUUUUUUAAAAAAUGACCUCUAUUUAACGUUGGAAACUGGCAAAUCAGAGGUCUCCAACUCGAGAUAGAAUAGAAUGACUUCAUUUUUCCUAGAGAGCGAAGUUAGGGCGCAGUCGGCCCUCUCUUACCCUCAACUCUAUUACAUAGAGUAUUAUGAGAUUUGAGUAUCUCAUCUCAUGUUCGCAUUUAUUAUCUUUUAUCAUGUUAUCUUAUAUAAUUUAUGGUCUCAUUAUAGUAUCUCAUAGCGUAUCUCAUUAUGUUCACAAUAGGUUAUUGAGAUUUAAGUCUGUUAACAACAGUUGCUGACUGCGCUGUUUUCGUUUUUUCUAUCUUAACUUGACAGGAAUAAAUUGACAAAUUCCGAGAUUCUUGUAAAUUAAGAAUGUUAAACCAGAGCAUGGCUUUUAUUCACUAUAAACACAAUUCAACUAAAAGUGAAAAUAGCAAACUAGUGAAAAUAGUGGCUCAAAAGGCGUAGCUGCCUUGAUGAAUCUUCCUUGAAAUUUAUAAAAUCUUGGCUUCACUUCUGCACAUGUCCCAAAGUUUGAUUGAACUUGCUCUUAUCUUCAUUUAUUACCAGACCGUAUUUGUUCAAGGCACUUGAGAACUUCUCUAGGUUUUUAUCAUGAUCCUCUUGAUCCUUUCCUCAGACAGUCAAAUCAUCCAAAUAAGCAUAGACUCCUUUAAGAUUUUCCUUUUCGAUUAUAUUCAGUCCAAUGUUUUCUGAAAACAGGCCACCCCAUUAGUUACACCAAAUGGGAUUCUUUUGAACUGGAAGAGCCGUACAGCAGCCUCAAAUGCAGUGUAUUUCUUUUCUUCUUCACAAAUAGGAAUUUGGUGAUCUGUUUGUUUCAAGUCUACAGCACUAAAUACUUUGUAUGUAGCCACAGUAGAUACAAGUUAAUCUAUGUUGGGUAAUGGGUAGGCAUCAAGAAGUGUAUAUUUGUUUAUUGUUUGUGAAUAGUCUAUAACCAAACGAUUCUUACCUCCAUCAUUUGUCACGGCCAGCACUUGAGCUCUCCAAGGCGAUGAGCUUGGCUCAAUAAUCUGUCAAUGUCUUGUUUUAUAAACAUCAUAUCCUCUUUUGAAUAUCUUCGUGUCUCAGUAGCUAUUGGUCUACAAUCUGUGGUUAAAUUACUGAAUAGUUUUGGUGGUUCAACAUUGGCACAAGAACACACAGGUGGUUUCUCUCCUUCAAACCAGACUUGUACAUCUGAAUGAUGUUUCAUUACAUCAUGUCCAAUAAGUACAUCAGUACUUGGGUCUUCAAGAACUGAUAGCUGUAAGGUUGUGCGAAGGCUAAAAAUAAACUUUCUACUGGU